AUGGGUAGCAGCGCGGCAACGGCCGCAGGGGAGAAGGAAGAAGCGCCGGCGGCGGCGCGGUCGUCGCCGUCGUUCAUGUCGGUGUUCGCGCACGCGGACGCGGUGGACGCGGCGCUGAUGCUGCUGGGCCUGGUGGGCGCCAUGGGCGACGGCUUGUCGUUCCCGGCGACGCUGCUCCUCUUCAUCCGCGUCACCAACGACUUGGGUCGCGGCCCCGGCCUCGUCCGGGAGUUCACGUCCAGGAUAGACGAGAACGCGAGGAACCUCGUCUUCUUGGCGUGCGUCUCAUGGGUCAUGGCGUUCCUAGAGGGCUACUGCUGGGCGCGCACGGCGGAGCGGCAAGCGUCGCGGAUGCGGGCGAGGUACCUGCGAGCGGUGCUCCGGCAGGACAUGGAGUACUUCGACCUCAGGGCGGCCGGCUCGGCGUCGGAGGUGGCGACCAGCGUCUCCAGCGACAGCCUCGCCGUGCAGGACGCGCUGGCAGAGAAGCUCCCGAACUUCGCUAUGAACGUCGCCCUGUUCGUCGGCUGCUACGUCCUCGGCUUCGCGGUGCUCUGGAGGCUCGCGCUGGUGGCGCUGCCGUCCGCGCUGCUGCUCGUCGUCCCCGGGGUCGUCUAUGGCCGGUUCCUCGCCGGCAUCGCCCGCCGGAUCAGGGACCAGUACGGGCGCCCGGGCGCCGUCGCCGAGCAGGCCGUGUCGUCGGCGCGCGCCGUGUACGCCUCGGUGGCGGAGGGUAGCACCGUCGCGCGGUUCGCCGCCGCGCUCGAGGAGUCGGCGCGGCUCGGGGUAAAGCAGGGGCUCGCCAAGGGCGUCGCCCUCGGCAGCAACGGCGUGACCUUCGCCAUCUGGGCCUUCAACAUUUGGUACGGCAGCCGCCUCGUCAUGUACCACGGCUACCCGGGCGGCACCGUCUUCGCCAUCUCCUCCGCCAUCGUCAACGGUGGCCUGGCUCUGGGGAGCGGGCUGUCGAACGUGAAGUACUUCUCCGAGGCGGGCGCGGCGGCGGAGAGGAUCCUGGAGGUGAUCCGUCGGGUGCCCAAGAUCGACUCGGCGAGCGACGACGGCGAGGAGCUGCCCGAUGUCACCGCGGAGGUGGAGUUCAGGAACAUCGGCUUCCGCUACCCGUCGCGACCGGAGUGCCCAGUGCUCGCUGGUUUCAGCCUGCGCGUGCCGGCGGGGCGCACGGUGGCGCUAGUCGGCGGCAGCGGCUCGGGGAAGUCGACGGUGAUAGCACUGCUAGAGCGUUUCUACGACCCAUCGUCCGGGGAGGUCCUGCUGGACGGCGUCGACAUCCGGCGGCUGCGGGUCAAGUGGCUGCGCUCGCAGAUGGGGCUUGUCAGCCAGGAGCCACCAUUGUUGGCGACAUCGAUAAUGGAGAACAUACAGUUCGGCAAGGAAGACGCCACGGUGGAGGAGAUCAUCGUUGCUGCCAAGGCGGCCAACGCACACGACUUCAUCACGAAGCUGCCGCAGGGCUACAACACACAAGUGGGUGAGAGUGGUGUCCAAAUGUCUGGCGGGCAGAAGCAGAGGAUUGCUAUAGCCAGAUCAAUCUUGAAGUCGCCCAAGAUCCUCCUGCUCGAUGAAGCCACGAGUGCACUGGACACGGAGUCGGAGCGUAUCGUGCAAGAGGCGCUUGACCUAGCCUCUACGAGUCGAACAGCUAUUGUUGUUGCACAUCGCCUCUCCACCAUCCGGAAUGCUGACAUGAUCGCUGUCAUGCAGUCCGGUGAAGUCAAAGAGCUAGGCUCCCACGAUGAGCUCAGUGCUAUUGAGAAUGGCCUCUACACAUCUCUUACUCGUCUUCAGCAGACUGGAGACUUACAUGAAGUCCAUGAGAUCAGCAGAAUCGCUAGUACAUCUGUUGCUGCUGGACAAUCCAAUAGGCACAACAUGAGCAGGGAGUCAUCUUUGGGACGAGAUGUAGGAAACGAUGACAGUAUAGAGAAGUCGUCAUCAUCAAUGCCUCCAGUCCCAUCCUUCAGAAGGCUACUUAUGAUCAGCAUACCAGAGUGGAAGCAGAUGCUAAUCGGGAGCUUCAGUGCUGUUGUGUUUGGAGGCAUCCAACCCGUGCAUGCAUAUGGAAUGGGGAGCAUGUUUUCAGUCUACUUCUUGGCAGAUCAUGCCGAGAUUAAGGAAAAAACUAGGGUCUAUGUUCUCUUGUUUGUUGCUCUUUCAGUGCUCUCAUUCUUGCUCAAUAUUGGACAGCAUUACAGCUUCGGUUUCAUGGGCGAAUACCUCACAAAGAGGAUCAGGGAACAGAUGCUAGCAAAGGUCCUUACAUUUGAGAUUGGGUGGUUUGAUCGUGAAGAGAACUCUACUGGUGCCAUCUGCUCGCAGCUAGCCAAGGAUUCCAAUGCGGUGAGGUCACUCGUGGGUGACCGAAUGGCUCUGCUUGUCCAAGCAGGCUCUGCGGUGCUCAUCGCCUGCACCAUGGGCAUGGUCAUCGCUUGGCGUUUUGCGGUUGUCAUGUUAGCAGUGCAGCCUCUGAUCAUCAUCUGCUUCUAUACUCGGCGUGUCUUGCUAAAGAGCAUGUUCAAGAAGUCAGUAGAAGCACAGUCUCCGAGCAGCAAGCUGGCCGCUGAAGCUGUGUCCAACGUUCGCACUGUCAGUGCCUUCUCGUCCCAAGCUUGCAUCCUACGCCUCUUUAAGCAAGCACAGAAUGGGCCACACAAGGAAAGCAUUCGGCAGUCAUGGUUUUCGGGGCUCGGCCUGGGCACCUCCUUGGCCCUUAUGACAUGUUCAUGGGCCCUUUAUUUUUGGUACGGCGGCAAGCUCAUGGCCGAGCACCACAUCGACACCAAGGAGCUCAUGCAGACCUUCAUGAUCUUAGUGACCACAGGGCGUGUGAUUGCAGAAGCAGGUAGCACAACAACGGAUCUUGCUAGAGGCUCGGAUGCAAUUGCUUCAUUGUUCGCUGUUCUUGACAGGGAAACAGAAAUUGACCCUGACAGUCCUGAUGGGUACAAGCCAGAGAAGAUCAAAGGCGAGGUGGACAUUCUGAACAUUGAUUUCGCAUACCCAUCAAGGCCAGAUGCAGUCAUCUUCAGAGGAUUUUCCUUGAGCAUACAGCAGGGCAAGUCAACGGCACUCAUUGGGCAAAGUGGCUCCGGCAAGUCAACCAUCAUCGCGCUUAUCGAGCGAUUCUAUGACCCACUUGCAGGGGUGGUGAAGAUCGACGGCAGAGACAUAAGAACAUACAAUCUCAGGGCAUUGCGGCGACACAUUGGGCUGGUCAGCCAGGAGCCAACACUGAUUGCAGGCACCAUUAGAGAGAACAUCAUGUACGGUACGGAAACCUCGAGCGAGGCAGAAGUCGAGGAUGCUGCGAGGUCUGCAAAUGCACAUGAAUUCAUCAGCAACCUCAAGGAUGGGUACGACACGUGGUGCGGCGACCGAGGCUUUCAGCUCUCCGGAGGGCAAAAGCAGCGCGUCGCGAUCGCUCGUGCCAUCCUGAAAAACCCUUCCAUCCUGCUGCUAGAUGAAGCUACAAGCGCGCUGGACAGCCGGUCUGAAAAUGUGGUUCAGGAGGCGCUGGACCGGGUGAUGAUCGGCAGGACAACUGUAGUGGUGGCGCACAGGCUCACCAGCAUCAUGAACUGCGACAUGAUCGCCGUGCUUGAUAGGGGAACGAUUGUGGAGAAGGGGACACAUGCAGCCCUCAUGGCCAAGGGUCCCUCCGGCACUUACUUUAGAUUGGUUAGGUUGCAGCAAGGAUGCAACUGACGCAGCUGGUUCUGUGACAAUACAGCAUCGUUUUCCAAUAUUCAGCAAACCAAUGAAAUUUCCUGUGGCAAAAUGGGUCCCGCACGGGAGAG